UCGAGUGUAUUUUAAGAUAUUUAUUAUAAAUAGGCUUUGAAGCACAUGUCAUUGAUUGAUAUUGUUCGAGAACAUUUUAUAUCAUCAUUAAGGAAUAUACAGCCUAAAAUAAAGUGGAAAAUUGUGAUUGUAGACAAUGAAAGCUCUGAAAUUAUUAAUAAUGUGAUGAGUUUGAAUGAUUUUCUUGAAGAGAACGUUGCAUCGGUUGAGUUUAUAGAGCAAAAACGACAGGCGAAUACUAUGCUUGAAGCAAUAUACUUUGUUUCGCCGAAAUAUGAUACGAUUAAGCAUAUUUUGAAUGAUAUUUCUAAGGAGGAAAAAAUGUAUAGUGCGGUUCAUUUAUUUUUUACAUCUGGAUUAAACGGUAAAUUAGCCAAGAAAUUAGUUGAAUCAUCGAAGACGAUACCUAUUAAAACGACUAGUGAAAUGUAUCUUGAUUUUUAUCCUCUUGAAUCGAAGGUGGUUACAUUUCGCAAUUCAUUUUCAUUCCUUACACUUUAUAAUCCUUUUUGUACGGAGCUUAUUAAUAUGGAGACACGAAAUUUGGCAAAAAAGCUUGCAUCUGUAUGUAUAACUCUUGGAGAACUUCCUACGAUUCGAUAUUAUUCACAGCCCCAAACCAAUUCAUCUGAUCCUCAUUUUUGUGUAAAGAUUGCAGAAUUACUUCAGGAACAACUUGAUAACUAUAAAGCGGUAAACAAUAAAUUUCCACCGGAAUCUUCUCGACCAAAAAGUGUUCUUUUUAUAAUUGAUAGGACUUUUGAUAUCUGUGCACCAAUUGUACAUGAAUUUACAUACCAGGCAAUGGCUAAUGAUCUUCUUCCUAUAAAAAAUGGAAGACAAUAUAAAUAUCAAAUUAAUAAUUCUGAAAAAAUAGAAACUAAAGAAGCUGUUCUUACAGAAACAGAUUCUAUUUGGGCUGAAAUACGACAUCAACAUAUACGUGAUGCUAUAGAUAGGUUGAUGGGAGAUUUUAAUAAAUUUUAUGCAGAAAAUUCAAAUUUUAAUGGUAAAAAAAAUACAAGUCUAAAUGAUAUGAAAAACAUGUUAUACAGUCUUCCUCAUUUCCAGGAAAUGAGGGAUAAAUAUUCGUUACAUAUAUCUAUAGUAUGUGAGUGUAUGAAAAUAUUUGAAGAGCAUAAACUUUCUUCUGUUGGAGUUAUUGAACAGAAUUGCGCUACUGGCUUAACAUCAGAGGGCAAAGUGCCUAAAACUGUAUUAGAAGAAAUGGUUCCUCUUUUAGAUGAUUCAUCUCUUUCAAAAACAGAUAAAAUUCGACUUAUAAUGUUAUAUAUAAUAUAUAAAAAUGGCCUUUUUGAAGGAGAUUUAGAUAAACUUUCAAAACAUUCAAAAUUAUCAGUAAAAGAUAUUUCAGUUUUGAAAAAUUUAGAAUGUUUAGGCGUUCGUGUAACAAAACCUUUAAAUGAUACAAAGUCUCGUAGAAAACCUAUACUAGAAACAAGAAAUAGUGACGAAAAUUCAUACGAGCUUUCUCGAUUUACUCCAUUAUGUAAAACACUUAUAGAGAAAUAUAUUAAUGGAAAUUUAAGCCAUUCAUUAUUUCCAAGUACAAAGGAUAUUCAUGAAAAAACUCAAAAUAUAUCUUUGGUACAUGGAUCAUUACGUACAGGAAAGCCAACAUGGGCUAAAAAAAAUGAUAUUGUUAGCGAAUCGGCUCAAAGAAUACUUAUUUUUAUUGUAGGAGGUGCAACAUAUAGUGAAAGUCGUAUUUGUUAUGAAUUAUCUAAGACUCAUGACCGAGAUAUCAUUCUUAUAACUACUAAUAUGAUAACGACAAAAAAAUGGCUUCAAAACUUAUCAAUGUUAAAAUUACCAAGAGAAUCCUUAGGUCUUCCAAUUGAUCAGGUUUCAUCAAAAAUUUCAUUAUCACGAGUACAUUCUAGAUCUGAAAAAAAAUCUAGAAGGAUAUCCAAGGAAUCUAGUCAUUUAAAUCACAAUCAUACUGAAAAUUCUAAUAAUAUGUCAUUUAAAAAACCCUCAGAUCACACUACUCAUGAGGACACAAUAAAUUCUUCUACAAAAGCAAGGAAAGGUAAAAAAUAUUUAGGUUUUUUUAACAAAAAUUAAAACCAUUUCUUCAUAUACUUUUACACACAAUCUAGUUUCUAUAUAU